GCCCGACGUGCAACCUCCGACCCAACCAUUCUAUUUGGCCUAUAGGGAAGACUGAAGACUGCAACUAGUUUUGAAGGCGUCAUCAUUGCGAAUCAUGCGUACCGCGAUUCCGAUUACUUCUCGUCCCUUGGACUUAGUCUACUUCACCUUUUUCCUGGUCCAUAUACCCGCAACUCUGCUCAUUGAUCUGCAAGCCCUGUAUCCUCCUUCGUUAACGCCGUAUUUCAUACGCGGUUUCCCACAAUUGUAUGUCCAGAUGUCGAACGACCCGUUGAUUGGAAGCGUCUUGGGCAUGUUGGGAGAUAGCAAGCCUUUCGUUUGGUUCAAGACCUUCCUUGCAGUUGAAGCCCUCUUUCAACUUCCUGUCUUCGUGCUCGGAGCAAGAGGCCUUUGGCGAGAUUCGCGAUCCAUCUACGUGCUUCUCCUCAUAUACGCCGCAUCUACCACCACUACAACUUUACCGUGCCUGUCUGUCUUGAUUACGACGCCUACAACCAGUGCGCAGACCAUAACUGACAAAGUACUCUCUGUGACAACUUCUCAACGCUUCUUGUUGUUAUCAAGCUACAUUCCGUUCUUCAUGAUACCCUUCAUAAUGACGAUCGACAUGGCUUCUCGCCUGUCCAAACUGGUCACAACGGGGAUAGAUGCCGCUGCUGACAAGAAGUCGUCAUAAUGUUAUCUUAAUGCAGUUAAGCAUUUUCUUUCGAACUAGGACCUUUGCAUUGUCUUUCCAAAUUUCACUGUUUCGGUCCACCGUCCGGUAUAUUUGAAGCGUGAAUGUAGAAUAAGUGGAGAUCUUACGCUGGUUAAUACCAUUCGAUUUGAGCUUGAC